CCUCCGGCGUACACGUGGGAGAGAAAAUGCGGACCACCGCGAGCACGAUUUUUGCGAUCGUCUGCUCGUCGAUCGCGCUGACGGUCGCGAAACCGGCGCCGGAGCCACCGGUGAGUUCAUACUUUCCACCCUCUGGAGGUGGUGGUGGUGGUGGUGGUGGUGGUGGCGGCGGCGGCGGCUACGGGCCGCCAGCUCCAGCUUACGGCCCCCCACAGCAAAACCCGGUGAUCCACAAGCACGUGUACGUCCACGUGCCGCCGCCAGAAGCGCCGGAGUACAAAGCGCCCAAGCAUGUGCCGCAACCACAGCCGCCACAGAAACACUACAAGAUAGUGUUCAUCAAGGCGCCAACUCCGCCGACGCCGACCGCGCCGCAACUGCCACCGCUGCCGCAGCAAGAUGAGGAGAAGACGUUGAUCUAUGUCCUGGUGAAGAAACCCGAAGAGGCGCCCGAGGUCGUGUUGCCGACACAGGCACCGACACAGCCCAGCAAACCUGAGGUCUACUUUAUCCGCUACAAAACUCAGAAGGAGCAAGGUGGCGGUGAAUAUGGGCCACCGGGGCAACAACCGGGGCAGCCCAUCGAUAGUUACGGAGCACCACAUCCGGGUCCGGGCCCCAGUGGACCAUAUUAGGCUCAUCGCACGAGCGCACCCUCACCAUCCUCGAGACUUCCGGCACAUUUUACGGAGACAAAUCUUUAACGGUGAUUACUCUCGCGGCCGUUUCGCGAUACGUGAGCGCGAACGCGCAAGCCCGGAUGGAUCUUAAUAAUUUUAGGAGGGAUGUAUAUAUCGCCUGUAUCUCGUAAGAUAGGCCGCAUGGUGUUUUAAAGGUGCUUAAAAGGCAGACGCUUCGUGUUGCUAAAGCCUAUGAUGUCGCUCGCGCACACACAUACUAUACAUUCACAUACACACUCACACAUACGCAUACAUAACACGUUCUUGAACGACCGAGUACGUUUGUCGGGGUUUUCUGUUGAAAUAUGAAAAAAAAAAGAAAAAAUUUUUAAUAUUUUUAUA